GGGAGAUGGAGAACGACCCAAACCCCCAUGACCCUUCGUCCGCUGGAGGCGGGGAAGAGGCGAAGAAGGGCCUCGUUGUCCUCCUCGUGGGCGCCCCCGGCAGCGGGAAGUCCACCUUCUGCAACGACGUCAUGGCCGCCGCCCGCCGCCCCUGGGUCCGCGUUUGCCAGGAUACCAUCGCAAAUGGCAAACAGGGAACAAAGUCACAGUGUUUAAUGAGUGCAGCUGCUGCACUCAAAGAUGGUAAAAGUGUAUUCAUUGAUCGAUGCAACCUUGAACAAGAACAACGAGCUGAUUUUGUUAAACUUGGUGAAGCACAAGUAGCUGUGCAUGCAGUGGUUCUUGAUCUUCCUGCUCGAUUGUGUAUUUCUCGGUCAGUAAAGCGGACUGGGCAUGAGGGGAAACUACAAGGUGGGAAAGCUGCUGCAGUUGUUAACCGCAUGCUACAAAAGAAAGAGUUACCAAAAUUAAGUGAAGGAUUCUCUCGGAUAACAUUCUGUCACAGUGAAAAUGAUGUCAAAGAAGCUGUUAAAGCAUACAACAAUCUUGGUCCAUCGGGCAACCUUUCAGCUGGAGUAUUUGGACAGAAGAAUAAGGAUGACAAAGUCCAGCUUGGAAUAAUGAGAUUUCUAAAGAAAGUAGAUAAACAAGAUCAAGAUGCUGGCAAGGAUAUAACAUCUGAUCAAAAUUUAACUCAGGCAAAUGUUCCAAGACAAGAUUCUAUAGGCAAUACCUUCACUGCUGAACUUGAAAACAAAAAUGAGGAUCAGGGAAGUUUGAAUGAUGAAAACUCUUCAGAGAGAUCUUUUGUCGGUCGUAGUUCCUGUAAUGAUGUUCAUACUCUGGCUUUUCCAUCUAUUUCGACAUCUGAUUUUCAAUUUGACCUUGAGAAGGCAUCCGACAUCAUAGUAGAUAGUGUUUCUGAUUUCUUGAAUAAGUUUGACAGUGUCAGGCUUGUUCUAGUGGACCUGAGUGAUAAGUCAAAGAUUUUAUCCUUGGUCAGGAAAAAGGCAGCAAAGAAGAAUAUCGAAUCUAAUAAGUUUUUCACGUUUGUUGGAGACAUUACACAGCUGUACACAAAAGGAAACUUCAGGUGUAAUGUCAUAGCCAAUGCUACCAACUGGCGGCUGAAACCAGGAGGUGGAGGUGUCAAUGCAGCAAUAUAUAGAGCAGCAGGUGAUUCACUUGAAAUUGCAACAAAGGAACGAGCAGAAACUCUUAGUCCUGGGAAUUCUGUUGUUGUCCCUCUUCCUUCGUCUUCACCUCUCCACUUACGAGAAGGGGUGACUCAUGUUAUUCAUGUUCUUGGACCAAACAUGAACCUGCAGAGACCAAAUUAUCUAAAGAAUGACUAUGUUGAAGGUUGCAAGAUUCUUCGUGAUGCUUACUCAUCGCUUUUUGAAAACUUUGCUUCCAUCUUCAAGUGUCAAAUGAGGAAUGAAAGCAAAAGAAGUUCAAGUGGUAUUUCUAAUUCACAGAAUCCCUUGAAAGGAACAACUGGCACUUGUUUCUCACAUAGUGAUCAAAAGAUCAAGCUAGAGGGCUGGUAUGAUUCAGAGAGAAACAAAAAAUGCAAAGGCUUUCCCUUCAAUGCUGCUGCAAAGGAGAAAAUCAGCACUCCACAUGGCGGUCAUGGAUAUGCACAUUCUGAAACUCAUUCUGAUGUAUUGAAUUGGGAUGAAAAUUCUAGCAACUUGACGAGCAGUUCCAACCCAGGUCUUGAGGUGAAGGAAAAAAAUUGUGCUGAAGUUUCAAAAAGGACAUGGAAUGCUUGGGCCCAAGCACUUCAUGUAAUUGCAUUGAACCCUGAGAAACACAAGGAUGUUGUGAUGGAGAUGUCAGAUGACUUUGUUGUUUUAAAUGACCUGUAUCCCAAGGCGACAAAACAUGUUCUGGUCCUGUCGAGAUUGCACGGCCUUGAUUGUCUUGUGGAUGUCCACAAGGAACACCUUCCGUUAUUGAAGCGAAUGCAUUCUGCAGGGCUAAAAUGGGCCAAGAUGUUCUUAUGCGAGGAUUCUUCUUUGAUAUUUAGACUUGGAUAUCAUUCAGUUCCAUCAAUGCGACAACUGCAUCUUCAUGUCAUAAGCCAAGAUUUUGAUUCGGCACACUUGAAGAACAAGAAACACUGGAACUCUUUCAACACCUUGUUCUUUCGUGAUUCUGCUGACGCAAUCAAGGAAAUCGAAAAGCAUGGAGUGGCAACAGUUAUCGAAGAUGAGAGCUUGCUGAAAAUGGAGUUGCGCUGCCACAGGUGUCGCAGUGCACAUCCUAAUAUCCCAAGGCUGAAGUCUCACAUUGCUAAUUGCAAAGCUCCUCUGCCUACUCACCUUCUCCACAAUGGUCUGCUUGUGUCUGCUGCAUCAAAAAGUGUCGGGUGAAACCUCAAGAAAUAUCUCAUGAAACCUCAAGAAAUAUCUCAUGAAGCACUCUUUGUACAUCUUCUUUUUGGACUUUGGAGUAGUUGAUACAGAGCUUUGGUUUUGUUGUGGAUAAUUUUCCCUUCUUCAGUCAUGAGGCACGUAAAUCUCCUCUUAAUACUUUCUAAGAUGCAAGCAGUGUUUAUUUUGACGAUU